GACCUUGUUGGAACACGUUGUGUUCAUAAUGAAGACCAUAAUUGUGUCCUUUUCAUGUAUUUGUUUAUUUGCCUUCGUGCAAACACAAAACUUUAACCAAACAUCUACUUCAAUCAGUAACGUUAUUACUUUUAUCAAUGAAUGGAUAAGAGGAACAAAAGAAUUAAAUAAACUUAAUUUGCCCUUCAUAAUAAUUAUCUUUGAAGAUAAAGAUGUAAGUAAUUUGAGUGAAGUUUAUAAAAAAAUAUUGAAUAAAUAUGAUGGUAACAAUGAUAAUCAGGGCAGCAAACUUGCUUCAACAAAUAAGGAUUCCGAGAAAAAUAACAAUGUCGAAGUAAAUAUCAAAGAAAAUGUUACGAAAUCUGAGAGAAUGAAUACAGAGAAGUUAAUUAAUCUAUCUAGCAAAAAUGAAACAAGCCAAAAGACAUGUACAGAAAAACAUGAACGAUAUCCGAUACCGGAUAGCUGUGACAGUUACAUUGAAUGCAAAAAUGGCAUAGCAGAGAAAAAGCUAUGUCCAGAUGGGUUACGCUACAAACAUGACACAACGAUAAAUCCACCUUGUCUAUAUCCAACUGAAGUCCAAUGUAACCCAGGAUCCACAUUACAGCCACCAAAGCCGACGGAAAACUGUCCUAAUCAAAAUGGUUACUUCAAAACUGAAGACCGCUAUAACUGUAGCAGUUACAGGAUCUGCGUAAAUGGCGUCGGCUAUGAUUACAACUGCCCCUUUGGUCUCGCAUUCAAUUCGCUAACUUAUCGAUGCGAUUGGCCUGAUACAGUGCCACAAUGUGACGCGGAAGGAUUAUUUAGUUUUCGAUGUCCUGAGCAGCAUCACAGCUCAACGAGUUUGAAUACUAUAAGAAGUUACAGAUCUCCUAAGAGUUGUGAAAAAUAUUAUACUUGUAUAAACGGCAAACCGCGACGUUUGGAAUGUAAUGAAUAUUUUGCCUUCGACGAAGCAAAUCAAAUCUGCGUCCCGGCCUUUAACGUGACAGAAUGUUCUGAAGACCAGAAAUAUUUAGCCCGCCGAUAUAUAAGGCAAAAUUCAAAUGGCGAAUACGUACGUAAUGUCAAAUAUGAUGAUGACUAUUUUAACAGCAGAGCGGCGGUUAUUAAUUUUUCCCCAAGAAUGAAAAGACCGAGAAUUAUUUAAAAAUAUGACGAAUACAAUAUAAAACAUUUUUGUAAUAAAGUAAUUUAGAUUUUUAUUUAAAAGAUUCUAUUGAAAUUGAUUUUAUUCCCUGUUAGUUUUUUAACGUUCACAAGGAUUUAAUAUAAUUAUGAUUUCACAAGAA